CAUUAUUAAUUUCCUAUACAGCCUAUAACGAGGAUCUUGAAUCAUAUUACUCUUUUCUGGGGAAUUCUCAUCAUUACGUUGAUUUUGAAUCAGAAGAAAAUGAAGACUGUAAUAACAUUAUCAAAAUUUCAAAUCCAAGUACUGAUACUAGAUCGAAUCCAAGCCACGAAUCAUUAAAUUCUACCCCUCAAUCAUCUAUUCCGGCAAUUUCAAUCUCCUCUAAAAAAAAGCAUACAUUUUCAAAUUUAAAUUCUAAGCUCAUGGCGCCCUUUAAACUUCCUGUAAAGAAGGCACGACUUGAUCAUUACCCAAAUCAGCACCAACAAAUAAUUCAAGCGACAGGUAAUAAAAAGCAAGUGACCCAGGAAAAGGAUAAUGACAAGCAGAUACAAGCAACGAAUGAAGAACAAGCAGUUCAAGAAAUAGACAACAAUUAUAAUCAAGUAAAAGAACGUC